GAUUACAAAUAAUAUGGAACUCUGACCCAUUUAGCAUCAAACAAGAGUCGGACAUCAAAAAGCCGAUAAAUAUUUCACAACACAUUCAGUCGGUGCAGAUCUUUGGCAGUGAAAUGAUUAAAUUGUGGUCAACGUUCUUUGUUGUAACAUUAUUAACAUGUUUUGUUGCUAAUAAUGUAGCAGAACAAUGUAGUUUAUCAGCUAAGGGAAGCCCAAACUUUCCAGCGAAUUUUAGUUUUGGAGUAGCAACGGCUGCUUAUCAAAUUGAAGGCGGAUGGAAUGCAGACGGAAAGGGUCCAUCUAUUUGGGAUGAUUUCACUCAUAGUGAUCCUGAAAAAAUUCGUGAUAAAUCUAAUGGUGAUAUAGCAGCUGAUUCAUACCAUCGUUUUGAACAGGAUUUGCAAGCCUUAAAAGAACUCAAGGUCAACCAUUACCGCUUCUCAAUCGCUUGGUCCAGAAUCUAUCCCACGGGUGAUAUUUCUUCAAGAAAUCAAAAAGCAAUCGAUUACUACAACCAUGUAAUUGAUAAACUUAUUGCAAACGGAAUAAAACCUAUGGUCACGAUGUUUCACUACGAUCUUCCAUCAGAGAUCCAAAAAAUUGGUGGAUUUACGAACUCAUUGCUGAUCAAUCAAUUUGUUGUUUAUGCAAUUGAAUUAUUCGAAAACUAUGGCGAUAGGGUGAAAACCUGGAUAACAUUCAAUGAACCCUACGAUUAUUGUCAUAAUGGUUAUGGAGAUGCUACCUAUCCACCUCAAGUCUAUGCUCCUGGUGUAGCUGAUUAUCUUUGUAUUGAUAAUACAUUAAAAGCUCAUGCUGCUGCCUAUCGAUCAUAUCAAUCCCGAUUUGCUAAAACUCAGGGCGGCAAAGUAGGAAUAACUCUGGAUAGUAGGUACUUUUUUUCAAAAACCAACGACGAAGAUGUCAUUGAUCGAGCCAUGCAAUAUAAUUUAGGGCUCUUAGCCCAUCCAAUCUUUAGUAAGACUGGUGGAUAUCCUGACGUCAUGAUCAUGGAUAUCGGAGCCAAUAGUCAAAAGGAAGGACGCAUAAGGUCACGUUUGCCAAGCUUUAAGGGCAAAUGGAGAGACAUUGUAAAGGGGUCAGCUGACUUCUUAGGAUUGAAUUAUUAUUCCUCGAGAUAUAUUAAACCAGCUUCAAAACCAAAUGGUGUGAGUCCAUCGUGGGAACGUGACUUUAAUUGUGAUGCUUCUAUUGAUCCUAAGUGGUUGAGAGCUGCAUCCGAUUGGCUUUAUUGUGUUCCAGAAGGACUUGAAGGAAUUUUGAAGUUCAUUCGAGAUGAAUAUGAUAAUGUGGAAGUAAUAAUCACAGAAAAUGGCUGGUCUGAUGACGGAACAGGACUAAUUGAUGAUGAUAGAAUUCGUUACUUAAAGAGUCAUUUACAAGCCGUCCUAAAUGCAAUCAAUGAUGGCUGCAAUGUGAGAGGAUAUACAACUUGGAGUUUGAUUGAUAACUUUGAAUGGCUAAGAGGCUAUACAGAGAAAUUUGGUCUUUAUGCUGUGAAUAUGUCAAGUCCAAAUAGAGAACGAACUGCUAAAAAAUCUGCUGGGUAUUACAGAGAAGUUAUACAAAAACGACAAAUUCCUUCAUUAUUUUAAGUUAUUAAAAUAUGCAUAAACAUUUGUAUUUUAUUUAAUAAAACAUACUUAAAU